AUGAACGACAUCCAGGAGGCCAGCUCCCCGGCCGCCAGCCUCAGUGGUCCAGCUGCCUGCGUGUCUAAAGUGGAGCUGCGCUUGUCGUGUAAAGCCCUGCUGGACCGGGACACGCUGAACAAGUCCGACCCCUGCGUCAUCCUGAUGGUGCAGACCCAAGGACAGUGGACGGAGCUGGACAGGACGGAGGUGAUCAAGAGCAACCUGCAUCCAGUCUUUGCUAAGGUCUUCACGUUGGACUACUACUUUGAGGAGGUCCAGAAGUUGCGUUUCGAGGUCUACGAUAUUCACGGCACACACAGCAUCGGGACCCGCGACGAUGACUUCCUGGGCGGGGUGGAGUGUACUCUUGGCCAGAUUGUGGCCCAGAAGAAGAUGGUGAAACCGCUGUUGUUAAAGUACGGGAAGUACGCUGGGAAGUCCAUUAUAACGGUAGGUCUGAUUCAUCUGGAUAGUGACUGUGCGGUGAUAUAUUCUCUUUCCUUUCAGGUACAUGCUGAGGAAAUUUCUGGUAACAAUGGAUAUGUGGAGCUCUUUUUCUGUGCCAAGAAGCUGGAUGAUAAGGAUCUCUUCAGUAAGUCUGAUCCCUUUUUGGAAAUCUAUCGCAUUAAUGAUGAUGAAACAGAGCAGCUUGUGCACAGAACUGAGGUCAUUAAAAAUAACCUGAACCCUGUGUGGGAGCCAUUUAAAGUGUCCCUCAUAUCCCUGUGCAGCUGCGACGAAGACCGGAAACUCAAGUGCCUAGUGUGGGAUUACGACUCCAGGGGCAAACACGACUUCAUUGGAGAGUUCUACGCCACCUUCAGGGAAAUGCAGAAGAUCUCCAGUGGGAACAAGGUCUCAUGGGAUUGUGUGAAUCCAAAGUACAAACAGAAGAAGAAGCACUACAAAAACUCUGGAGUUGUCAUCCUCAGUGAACUCAAGCUCCACAGAGUGUACUCCUUCCUGGACUACAUCAUGGGAGGAUGCCAGAUCCACUUUACGGUGGCGAUUGAUUUCACAGCUUCCAACGGAGACCCGAGGAACAGCUGCUCCCUGCAUUACAUCAACCCUUACCAGCCCAACGAGUACCUGAAGGCUCUGAUUGCAGUAGGGGAGAUCUGCCAGGACUAUGACAGUGACAAAAGAUUCUCUGCCUUGGGAUUUGGUGCCAGAAUUCCACCUAAUUAUGAGGUGUCGCAUGACUUUGCCAUUAAUUUCAACCCAGAAGAUGACGAAUGUGAAGAGAUCCAAGGAGUGGUUGAAGCGUACCAGAAUUGCCUCCCUAAGAUCCAGCUGUACGGCCCGACCAAUGUCUCCCCCAUCAUCAGCAGGAUAGCCAAGCUGGCAGCGGGAGAUGGAACCAUUAAAGACGCCUCUCGAUACCACAUUCUGCUGAUCCUCACGGAUGGCGUGGUGACAGACAUGGCGGACACACGUGAAGCCAUUGUGCGGGCCUCCUACCAGCCGCUGUCCAUAAUCAUCGUUGGCGUGGGCAACGCCGACUUCACCGACAUGCAGAUCCUGGAUGGAGAUGACGGAGUUCUGCGCUCGCCGAAGGGGGAGCCCGUCCUCCGGGACAUCGUGCAGUUUGUUCCCUUCAGAGAAUUCAAAACGGCGUCUCCUGCAGCCCUGGCCAAAUGUGUCCUGGCAGAAGUUCCUAAACAAGUGGUGGAGUAUUACAGCCACAAGGCCAUCGCCCCAAUGUGUCCUGUGAGGAACUUACCAACACCCACCCUCAGCCCCAUUACCAGCACCCCGACAGAAUAAACCCCCUCUACCAGACACCAAGCUCGGAAUGCCACCUCGUCCAACAGAGGGGGGGGGGGGGGGGGACUGGACCUUGCCAUUUCGGAAAAUCAAAGAAUUCUUUCGACAAGUUUCAUUCUUCACGCGGUUCAUGUUUCACUUCUUCACAAGGCGUUUACACAAGGACGGACAUGUAACCUGAGAUUCUGAUUUCUCUGCUCGGCUUGGGUCCAGUCGUCCUGCUGCCUGGUCGUCCAUCCUGCUCAUCCGGCCGUCCUUCAUUAGCAUGAAUGUUGGGGCCUCGGUUUAUAUCCUGUUGUCUUUAGGAUGCAUCUCGGCAAAUUUCCCAUUUUUUACCCAUCAGGAAUGCGGACUCGCAGUCCAUGCAGCUCAGCGCGUCCAGUGUUUCUCUCUGCCUUCCACGGCUGCAUUCCACGUGUCCUCCAUCUGUCCUCUGUCGUCUACUCUACUUCCUGUUGACGCUGUCCAUCUAAAACCAAACAUGGCUUUCACGUGUUGAAGAACCCGCCAACUGAAGGAUUUAAAUUUGGGAGUGGGAGGCGGAAAAAUCAGCAGCUUUAGUUCCGCAUUGUUAACUCCCUGUU